AUGAACAAAUUUACUUAUCGUGUACGGUCUUUUUAUCAAAAUCAUAAUCUUACCCAAAUACGCGUAAGGUCAGUAUUACAUACCUUUUUUUCUACUAAUAAGUAGAACCGUAAAUAUCUUGAGUUAAAAAAAAAGAAAGUUAUUUAUUACUGAUUUUAAUUAUGUAUAUUUACGCUUGAUUUUUAGACAACUCUUGUAUCUCAAUAAAUUUUAUUCUACAAAUUCAGAAGUUGCUAGAGAAUAUGAUACACCGAUAGAAAAUAUCCGUAAUUUCAGUAUUAUAGCACAUGUUGAUCAUGGUAAGAGCACCCUUGCUGACAGAUUACUGGAAAUAACAGGUGCAAUAAAAGUCAACUCUGGUAAACAAAUAUUGGAUAAACUACAAGUUGAGAAAGAACGUGGAAUCACUGUUAAAGCGCAAACAGCAUCGCUUAACUACACAUACAAAGGAAUUAAAUAUCUGCUUAACCUGAUAGAUACACCAGGACACGUUGAUUUCUCUGCUGAAGUACACCGUUCAUUAACUGCCUGCCAAGGAGUAAUUUUAAUAGUAGAUGCAAAUGAUGGUGUACAGGCACAAACUGUGGCCAAUUAUUACUUAGCCAUUAAACACAAUCUAGUCAUAGUGCCAGUGAUCAAUAAAAUAGAUUUAAAAUAUGCUAAUCCCGACAGAGUUUUAAAUCAGUUAGAAACAUUAUUUGAUAUAAAAGAGUCAGAUGUGUUAAAGAUAUCUGCUAAAUUAGGUACUGGAGUAUCUAAAGUCUUGGAUGCUGUAGUUGAAAGAAUUCCACCCCCUGAUGUAUGUAGAGACAAGCCAUUCAGAGCUUUAAUAUUCGAUAGCUGGUACGAAAAAUAUAAAGGAACAAUUUUACUGAUAUAUAUCAAAGAAGGAUUUUUAUCCCUUAAACAACACAUUGUUUCAACAUAUAAUAAGAAGCCUUACGAAGUUAGAACUAUUUCGUUGUUGAGACCCUCUGAAGAAGUUGUAAAUAAGUUGUUUGCAGGUCAAAUAGGAUGCAUUUCUUGUAAUAUGAAAUCUUCCAAUGAAACGAUCAUUGGCGAUACAUUACAUCUGAAAGAUCAUGUUACUGAACCUUUAUUAGGGUUUAAAGCACCGAAACCAAUGGUUUUUUCGGGUGUUUAUCCGAUUGAGAAAUCGGAAUUUGAAAUUUUGAAAAUCGCUAUCGAGAAAUUAACAUUAAAUGAUAGUAGCGUUACUGUUACAAUGGAAACUAGUGUAGCUCUUGGACAAGGCUGGAGACUUGGAUUUUUAGGUUUAUUACACAUGGAAGUAUUCAUGCAACGACUUGAACAAGAAUAUGGUGCACAUUCAGUUGUGACAACGCCCAGUGUUACAUAUAAAGCAAAAAUUUUUGGCAAGAAGAAUGUUAAACAAUACAAGACUGAUAUGAUUUCAUUCAACAAUCCUGCAAAUUUUCCUGAUCCUAGCAUUGUGGAGGAAUUUUAUGAACCUAUGGUACUAGGAACUAUUAUAGCACCAAUUGAGCAUAUAGGUACAGUUAUGAAUUUAUGUUUUGAAAGACGAGGAAUACAACAAAUGGCGAAAGAUAUUGGUCACAACAGAACGAUGUUUCAAUUUUUACUGCCAUUAAAUGAAAUUAUUGUUGAUUUCCAUGAUGUACUAAAACGUGUAACUUCGGGAUAUGGGACUUUUGAUUAUGAAGACAGUGGUUAUCAGCCUGCAAACAUCGUAAAGUUAAAUAUUGCUUUAAAUGGUAAAGUAGUGGAAGAAUUUAGUACUAUUGUACACGCUAGCAAAGCUCGGGCAAUAGGCAAACAAAUAUGUGAAAAAAUGCUAGAUAUUCUUCCGCGUCAAAUGUUUGAAAUAGCGAUUCAAGCAAUCGUUAGCGGGAAAGUGCUCGCGAGAGAAAAUUUAAAAGCAUACAAAAAAGAUGUAACUGCGAAAUUGUACGGUGGUGAUGUUACCAGAAGAAUGAAAUUAUUAGCUCAACAAGCAGAAGGAAAAAAGAAAAUGAAAAUGAUUGGAAAAAUAUGCGUACCACGAGAAACAUUCAUAAAUCUUCUUAAGAAA